AUGAAGUUCCUAACGUGGAAUGUCAGGGGCUGCAAUGCCCCUGACAAGCAUCGCAUGAUCAAAAGAGGAUUUGAUCAGGCGAAACCAGAGGUAAUUUGCAUUCAGGAAACAAAGCUAGGUAGUGAAGAGGCGGCUAGGAUACUUGGUGUUAGACAGAGGUGGUCUGGUUUUUUUGUUGAUGCGGAGGGGGCUUCAGGUGGCCUGGGAAUCUUGUGGAACCCCCAAUUAGUGAAAGUGGAAGCAGUCUCAAGCUCUAGAUAUUGGCAGAUGGCAAAGGUAAGCUCACAGACUAUUAAUUUCUCAGGUUUCUUAAUCAAUGUUUAUGGCCUUAUUAAAACAGCAGAUAAGUGCCAACUCUGGGAGGAAAUUACCAAGACUCUAGAGGAAAUUAAGCCGGCCAUAACAAUUGUAGCGGGGGAUUUUAAUGUCACCCUUUCCCACUUGGACAAGCGAGGAGGGGUGAGAAGGAUGUGCAGGAUCCAAAUAGAUUUUCAAACCUUUGUGGAUUCUAAUGCUUUGUUUGAAGUGGCUUAUAAAGGUGGGAACUUCACAUGGACUAAUAGUCGUUUGGGUUUCUCUAACAAAGCGGAGAAACUAGAUAGGUUCUUUUUGGCAGGGGAAUGGAACCUGGCUCCCCUUGUUUUUGAGGCGGAAGUUUUGACAAUCUCUGGCUCAGAUCAUUUCCCAGUCUCACUAGUUUUGCAGAGGGAUGGAGUUCUGCUCAGAUGCCCUUUUAAGGCGGAAAAGAUGUGGUUAAGGGAGCAGGGCUUCAGCGAUCAGGUUGUUCAAUGGUGGAAGGAGGCCCUUGUGGUAGAUGGAUUCUUGUCCUUUCAGUUCUUUAAGAAGUUAAGCUAUGUCAAACAGAAAUUGGAAAGAUGGAACAAGACUGUAUUUAGAAAUAUCUUCGAAGAGAAAUGA